CCCUCAGGCUCACAAUCAAACUGCCUUCAAAGAUCCUACUUCGUCUGAGCUUUGGAGCUUCCUGACCUCCACGCCCCAGCUGCUCUCCCAUACCAGCUCGUCCAACUACCCCACCUAGAUCAAUCCAGUAGAUCAUCCGCAACCAUGUCAGCUCACCGCAGCUCCCACUUUCAGCCCCCGCCGCCAAUCCGCACAUCCACCUCUGGCUCCCAGAAGUCGUUGGGCUCUGGGCCACAAUCUCCUGCUUCAGACAUGGCUUCGCCAACUGUCUUCAAUCGCAGCCACGCAGCAUCCCCAACGGAGGAAUCAUUCUUCGGUGCUAUUGCGGGACGCAUGCGAAGGGGAAGGUCACGGAGUCGCUCGAGGGGUGCUUCCGCUCGCAAUCGGUCCAAGUCUCCCAUGAUGCUCCCGCCUGAGAACUUCCCACCCAGCACCACUACCGCACUGCCCUCGAGCCCAAUCUCUCCCACCACGUCAACCCAGCAACGACGACAUGCAUCGAGCGCCAGCCAGUCGUCUGCUAUCGAGGUGAAGCCAACUCGACCGAACCUCGAAGCGGUUGGGCGGAGGAGUACGUCUGGAAGUGACCCAUGGCGCGGGCGUCAUUCCAACGACUGGCUGUUCAACGGCUUCUCGGUUACGGAGACUGCAAAGGACAUCCUCCACCUUGGUAGGAAGUCGUGAACGAAGUCAUGGCGCGAGACGAUCCGUGAUCGAUCUCGCUGUAUCGGGCCAGAUUGCCUGCUGGAAGGCAUCCCACUUCUUGACGGAGUGUCCCCAUGGUCCGCUGAGAGAUACCCAAGCAACAACACUUUGCUUUCCUUUACGAUCUUUUUAACGACGAUGGAUGUGGACGUAAUGAGUGCAUUCAAAAUUGCCUAUCGCUGGUACGAAUUUGAUGAAAGCCCGCCAUGAUGCAGGGCUUUUGCAUGACCAUUCUCUUUCUUAUAGCAUGUUGUAUAUCGCUAUCGAUCAUUUUCUAGGUCUUGUAUAUUAG